CGAGCUGGCACCCCAUCCGAGAAGAAGACUCUGAGGGAAGCCUGCGCGCAGUGGCAGAGAGAAGCGUGAUGUAAUGUGUGACUUUGUGCAAUACAAGCUGCCGCGUGGCGAGAAGAGGGUGGACACGGUCAAUAGGAGAAGAUGGAAGGGCGCGAAUAUUGAGCUGAGGCUGCAGGUGGAUGGCGGGAUCGGAGAUCGGGAAUCUGGACUGGCGGCCCUGGGAUCCUCCAUUUCCGGCCUUUCUCCCUCCUGUCAAGCAUCCCGCCCCUGCUCGCCGCCGCCCAUGUGCAUCCGAGCCAGCGCGCCGCCGCCCGCGCGAGUGUGCCCGCCGUGUGCCCGACGCGCCGCACCUGCCGCAUUUGGUCGCGGUGGCGGGUUGCGCGCGUGUGACGCGUGACCGCAGAGGCUGUGCUCGUCACUUGUGGUGUGACUUGGGCUCAUCUGCGCCUGCGUCGCACGCGAACGGGGCCGCAAGCACCUGGCAGAACCUGGCAGAUCUCCAUCGUCCCGGCACCCGCGACUUCCAAUCUGCCUCCCUUCCGAUCCGCGUCGUCAUCUCCAGACACGGACGGACGAAGAGCCAUCCAUUGCUGAUUUGUCGGCUCCCCCGCAAUCGCCUCGGAAUCGGCCCACGCAGUCGCCCUUUCUCUGUGCGCCCCUCCAGGCUCGGCGGCUCCCACCCGUAUCCACCCUCUAUCCAUCCGACAUCCUCCAGGUGGACACGCAUUGGAGGAUUGGUCUAUUCUAGAGCAGUCAAUUCAAUAUUUCAGAACAUACCUACAUCGUUUGUUCUCCAUUCAAGCAUCUAUCUUUUGCACAACAACACGUAAAGUGCCAACAUGAAUACGAAUGCAGGCCCAAGCGGGCAAGGUUUAUCCGCAGCGCAGAUCCAGCAACUAUAUGCCGCUCGCAACGCCAGCGGAGGCGGGCCGUUCAACCCACAAAUGUUUCAGCAAUUCGCACAACACCAGCAGCAGGGUGGCGCAAAUCCGGGACAGGGCAACAUCAAUCCGGCCACGCUGAUGAGGCUGCAGCAGAUGCAGCAGAUGCAGAGGCAGAGCGGGGGCAUGGGCGGUGUGACGCCUGCGCA